AUGUCUGGGAAGAGAAAGUCGUCGAAAAACAACUCUGGUGAUAACGAAGAGACGAAUGAGAGCUAUCUUCUAUCACUGAUCAAGAAUGAGCUAGGGAAACUUUCCAAUUCCUUGAAUGCUAAGUUGACCGUCUUGGAGAAGUCUAUCGACAGUGUACGAGAGGGACAAAGUAGCAUUGUCAACUCGCUGUCGUUCCUCAACGAGAAAUUUGAGGAAAUGAAGUUGAAGGCCGAGAAGAUUGAAAAGGAAAACAGAGAACUGAAGGAACAGAACAUCUGUCUUCAGAAGAGAUUCAGUGAGUUGACCUUCCAGCUUAACGAACUUGACCAGUACCACAGGAGAGUCAACUUGGAGGUGGCAGGUGUACCAGAACGACAGGGCGAGGUUCCUGAAAGGAUCGUACUUAAUAUCGCGAAACACAUCAGCCCUGAGCUUGCAGCAUCCGACUUCGAUGUGGUUCAUCGGCUGGGUUCCAAACGCCAAGCUGAUAACAAAGCCCGCCCAAUCAUCGUGCGAUUCACCACAAGACGAGCUCGGAACAUCAUGUAUGAUGGGAGAAGGAAGCUGAAGACUCUCUCCACAAAGGAUCUUGGAUACAACAGCGAUGGCAAGAUCUACCUCAAUGAAAACUUGAUCGCUUCCACUAAGGAGCUAAUGAAAGAUGUCAACAAGGCCCGCCGAGAUGCCGGAUACAAGUUCCUGUGGACCCAGAAUGGCCGAAUCUAUGUACAGAAUGAUGAGAAGUGUCAACCCAUCAUCAUUCAUUCCACAGAGGACUUUUCUAAGCUGUAG